UGCGCGCGGGCAAGCUUUUUAAUAAAACGUCUAAAUCUAUUAUGACGUUACAAAGGCGGCUGUUUUUCAAAGCAACUGUCGGAGUAUUUGCUCAUACAUAAACACUCGGCAAAUAGCUUCAUCAUGUAGAUACUUGAGCAAAACUAGACACCCUAAACGAUGGGUCAUAGAAGUUUUUGGUCAACAAUGAGAAUUUAUUUAAAGUGAAAAAUAUAAUCAGUUCAAGAGAUACUUUUGCCAUGACAGAGGCUGAAAAUGAAUCAAGUCCUGCCACAAAAGAGGAGACGCAAAACAAUCGCAAUUUCUUCAACAGUACUUCAGAGUUUUUCAAAUGUAACUGGAAAGUGAUUUUACCUUUUACUGCUGUAAUUCUGCUGUUCUUCGUUACCGUUUUCACGAAAAAAGACAUCACUUUUGCUGUCAAUAUCUGGGUCUUUCCAAGUUUUGCCGUGCUCAUGGCUUCAGUUCUCAGCAUACAAAACUGGAUUCCUGCUCUCCGACAUCAAGACUUUUGGCAAAGUCAAGGUCCACCAUUUUAUCCCCUUGUCAACGCGGCCCCCGCCCCACCCCCUCCACCACCAUGUUACCCUCCUCCUCCCCCACCAAACACCAUGAAUGGACACAAGCGACAACGAAUCGAUUGUCGGAAACUGUCUUGGGAACAACUCAGCCCAAACCUCCUCGAGAAAGACACUAUCUGGAAAAAGGUUAAAGACAAUUUGCCUUUGGAAGGUAUUUUUGACUCUGAAGAUAUAAUCAGGGAAUUUUCUGUUACGUCACUUUCAGGGAGUUUACUAAAAAAGACCAAAAGAGAAAAUGCGAUGGACGAAAAGAAAAUUUUCAAUGUCUCAAUCAUUUUGACGCAUUACAAGCUCAAAGCAGAAGGUGUGGCCCAAUGCCUGAUAUCUGGAAACACACAACUUACAUCUGAUGAGCUGAGACAGGUUUUGGCUUUUGCACCGGAUGAUCGAGAGACUAGAGCUUUAAGGAAAAUGGAGAAAGAAAACGAGAUUUUACUUGAGCCAGCUGAGCGGUUUUAUCUUAAGGUUGCUGCGACUGUGCCUUCCUAUAAAGCAAGACUCCGCACAGUCUUGCUUAAAGCCCAGUUACAAGAAAGGAUCACACAAAUCAAACCACAUCUUGAAACAGUCAUCAACGCCUGCCAAGAGCUUAUGACCUCUGAGAAACUCACAAAAUUCCUUGAGAUGGUGUUGACCAUGGGGAACAUCAUGAAUGGAAGCGACACCUGGGCCUUCAAGAUAACCUUUGUUACAAAACUGAUGGAUUACAAAUCGUCUUUGAAAAAGGCCACUUCUGUGUUGGAUUAUCUGACUCGAGUUAUCAUCACAAAAUGUCCGCACAUCGCCGCUUUGGGAGACGAUCUCAGAUAUGUGGAAAAAGCAUCAAAAGUUCCAUUUCAUUCUCUUGACAAGGAAAUAUGCAAGCUGUCUACAGAAAUUGAGGUCCUUGAAGAAGACGUAGAGAAAAUAAACAACGAUAGUGUAGAGGAAGACUGUUUCAGUACAAGUAUUAGACUUUUUGCUGUUUCGGCAAAAGAAGACCUUAAAGACGUGUUAUCACUACAGAAGAAUGCCAAGCGAAGCUUUAGCCUCCUUAUGCAGUAUUUUGGCGAAGAGUGCGAUAAACCGGAAGAUUUCUUUGGAAUCUUCGCCACAUUUAUGCGGCAGUUUGAGGAUGUGCUGAAAACGUACAAAUGAAGUUGUAAAGCUGAAACACCAAGAAAAGAAAUUUAAUUCAGUUUCAGAAUAUCCAGAAGCAUUCUCAACAGUUAAAGUUGUAUAAAUCGUUUACUAUACGCAAUCAUUAUUACAUAUACAUAUUUCAAAAACUAUACAUAGAAAAGCAAAUAUUUUCAUACAGAAAUUUUCAUGGUGAAUACCAAUACCCAACGCAUUUUUUUGUGUGUGUAAAUAAUAAAGUUGAAUAAAGUUUGAAUUUUCAAAUACUUUUUACAAUGCUAUAAAAGCGAGUUUUUAAU